AACAUCAUAUAAGCCAUAUGUUGCUUGCAAAACAUGUAUUUCGCUGGAAAACCAUGCUAACCAGCCAAAUCUGGACUCUUUGGUUAUGCUACAAGUCCAUUUAGCACCAGUUCAGUGUCUGUAUGAGGCUGACAUCUAGUGGACAUUUCUAUUAUCUGGAAAUUUACAAACACGCCUGUUGUUCCCGUCUCUCAGACACAGAACCAGGAAGAAUCAGCGUAGAGAAACCGAAACUUAAGUGCUGUUGUCCUGUUGCAACUUUAUAUCAGCCUCACAUGCAGGAAAAUGGCAGAAGCCAGAUUUUCUCAGGAUGAGUUCUUGUGUCCGGUGUGUCUGGAUCUCCUGAAGGACCCAGUGACCAUCCAGUGUGGACACAGUUACUGUAAGAGCUGUAUUACAGACUGCUGGGAUCAGGAGGAUGAGAAGAGAGUCUACAGCUGCCCUCAGUGCAGACAGACCUUCAGUCCAAGACCUGCUUUAUUUAAGAACGUGGUGUUUGCUGAAAUGCUGGAGAAACUGAAGAAGACUAAACUUCAAAGUGCGGUUCCUGCUGGAGCUGGAGAUGUUCAGUGUGACGUCUGUACUGGAAGAAAACACAAAGCUGUCAAGUCCUGUCUGGUGUGUCUGAACUCUUACUGUCAGAAUCAUUUUGAGCGUCAUGAGGAGUUUCAUCCCGGUAAACGACACAAAGUGAUUGAUGCCACUGGACGACUGCAGGAGAUGAUCUGCCAGAAACAUGAGAAGCUCCUCGAGGUUUUCUGUCGCACUGAUCAGAAAUGUAUUUGCUUGCUGUGUUUGGUGGAUGAACACAGAAACCAUGACACUGUAUCAGCUGCAGCACAGAGGACAGAGAAAGAGAGAGAUUUUAAGGAGAUGCAGCUGAACUGUCAGCAGAGAAUCCGGCAGAGAAAGAAAGAUCUCCAGCAGCUGAGAGAGGCUGUGGUGUCUCAUAAGCGCUCUGCACAGACAGCAGUGGAGGACAGUGAGAGGAUCUUUACUGAGCUCAUCCGCUCCAUCGAGAGAAGCCGCUCUGAGCUGAUACGGCUGAUCAGAGAUCAGGAAAAGCAAGCAGUGAGUCGAGCUGAAGGACGACUGGAGCGACUGGAGCAGGAGAUCAAUGAUCUGAGGAGGAGAGACGCUGAGCUGGAGCAGCUUUCACACACACAGGAUCACAUCCAGUUCCUGCAGAGUUUCCAGUCUCUCUCAGCUCCUCCUGAAUCUACAGACGUAAAUGAUGAUCUCUUCAGUUCUCUCGUCUCUUUUGAUGCUCGGAGAGAAUCUGUUCAUCAGCUGAGAGACAUACUGGAGGAUUUCUGCAAAGAGGAGCUCAAGAAGAUCUCAGACAGAGAAACAUUCACCAACAUUGUUCCCAGGACCAGGAACCACUUCCUACAAUAUUCCCAUCAGCUCACUCUGGAUCUGAACACAGUGAAUAAACGCCUCCGUCUGUCUGAGAGAAACAGAGUGAUUACUGACACUGACACAGAUCAGCCGUAUCCUCAUCAUCCAGACAGAUUUGAUGGUUAUGCUCAGGUGUUGUGUAGAGAGAGUGUGUGUGGACGCUGUUACUGGGAGCUGGAGUGGAGUGGAGGUAAAUACAGUAGUGUGUCUAUAUCAGUGUCAUAUAAGAGCAUCAGGACGAAGGGACGGGUUUUUGAGUGUUUGUUUGGAUAUAAUGAGCAGUCCUGGAGUUUGUACUGCCAUCCCUCCAAAUACUCAUUCAGACACAAUAACAUACAGACUGAUCUCUCUGUAAAGCCCAUCAGCAGUAGAAUAGGAGUGUUUGUGGAUCACGGAGCAGGAACUCUGUCCUUCUACAGCGUCUCUGACACAAUGAGCCUCAUCCACACAGUCCAGACCACAUUCACUCAGCCGCUCUAUCCGGGGUUUUAUGUUGGUUCUGGAUCAUCAGUGAAACUGUGUUGAUGAAUCAGAAUAGACUGAUGAGAGAUUCUACCCAUAAUGCUUUGAGCUGCAUGAUAAAUCAGUAACAGUUGUAACGUCUGUGUAGGAUCAGUGAUGGCUGAUUAUACUUUGUUUUAAAAAAAACCUUUUAGCCUUUUUACAUUUGCAUAUAAAUUACCGACCUGGCCUCACCGUUUACAUUUAUAUGGGUGCUAAAUUGCAGAUGGUCUUUUUCACUAUCAAAAGGAUGCUAAACAGGUCGACUCUAUGGGUCCCUAUCAAGAUUCAAACACAUUCCUCAGAGGAGGGAAUGACCCCCCCGUGCCAGGCACCAGACCAGUUGUCUGUCCCCACAAUUUCCAAUACGCGUCUCACACACACACCUAAAUACAUUGUCUUUAUUUAGGCCACAAUUAAGCAGUUAUAAAUGUAUCUGCUAUAUGCAUGUGUUGUAUGUUUAUUCCCCUUUUAUAUUAACUUAGUUAAAACCCUUUACUUGUAUUAGUUAGACGUUAAAUGCCUAUAUUCAAGUGUAUGAGUGUAUCUCUGCUUUAAUAUCGUCUGGAGGUUACUUUCUUGGUAUCAAAAUGAUCUUCUCUUUAUUUCUCACACAAUGAUGUACACUAUGUGAUCGUGAAAUGCAUCAAACAAUUCUUACUAUGUUUUGAAUUAAAAGCUGCACUAGCGGUCCAGAUCAGCAAUAAAAUGCAAAUGGUUCAUAAACGGAGACAAAGGAAGUCUCUCCUGCUCAAAAUGCAUGCUUCUGAUUGGCCACUCCACCCACAAAAUGGGUGCGGCAAUGAACUAUCAAAAGUUCCGAACUCAGACUAAUCGACGCUCAAAACUCUUCUUCUUGAGACAAACACACACCAAAACUCUCCUCUUCAGUUUAACCUUCUGGCAGUGUUUACCUUCAAGUAACUUUGUGGACUUGCUGUGGACUUCUUCAACUCGCUCUUAAAGAACUCAUCAAGAACCUCGUCUACCGCAUCAAGACUCUAAUUCAGCAACAAACCAAUGCAAGUAACCAUUUACAACUAAUUAGAUGCGUGUUUAAGUUUGAACCCCUUUUAAGGUGAAUUAUGAUUCUCUGAUGAUUCUCAUUUAGGUUGUGGUUAAUUGAUGUGAAAUACUGCCAUUCUUUGCUCUUCUCUCACUUUUCCUUCAUUCUAUAUAUAUGUUUUGCUUAGUUUGUUUGCUUGUAUGUUAGUUAUAGUUUCAUUUAUUAAAUCCCUUAUAUUCACAAUUGAUUGUUUCUGUGUUCCGCUCACAAUUCAAAAUCACUGAAUGUUGCUCCUCGCUACAUGCUAAACUAAUGCUAGCACUGUAUAAGUAGGAAGGCUAUUGUUCCUUGGCCAGGAAAAUAAUCUUCCUAGAAUAAAUAAUUAUAUUGUCUGCUCGGUGGACAUACAGAUCAAAUAAUUGUAACGUCGAUUCUGCUACAGUUAAUUCUAGGAUCUAAUCUAAAAAUUUAUUAUUAAUUAUAACCAAUUAUAAUUAAUUAUAAAUAAUUCCCUUUUAAGCUAAUUUGCUACACAGUGUUAUUGAGUCUCUUCUUUUCUCUUCAUGACAUUAAUACUGCAGCUGAACUUCUGUCAGUGAAAUAACAUGAAUCAGAAUAAAUGUAAUAAAUCCUCACAUAGACAGUAAGAUCAGUGUGUGUGUGUGAGAGAGUGUGUGUGUGUGAGUCCUGCUGAGUGACCAUGUUUCUGUGCUUUUCUCAACCAACAUUUGUUAAUUAAAAUCAGUCCUUUAGUUAAUCAUAUUAAUAAUAAUAAUAAUAAUAAUGAUUAAUAAUUGAUAUUUUCAAUUUUAAUGAGCUAUUUUUUAUGAUAUGUUUUCAAUGUUAUUUCUGUUCUGAUAUAAAUAAAUCUUCU